ACCACUUACUGGCACAUGUCCCCCAUUAGGGAUACAGCAAUAAGGAAAGGAAGGAAGGGAUGAGUACGUUUACUCACGUUCGUUUGCUGUACGUUAGAGCGGCAAUUCUUAUGUUGGGAUUUUCAGUGAGAUUUAAGUAAUGUGAUAUUACAAGACAAUUUGUAUGAGAACUGUAAUAAAUAAAUAAAUAAAUAUUUGAAUUUAAUUUUGAUCUGUCAAGUUCCGUGGAAGUAUUCUUAUGCGUAUUAUCAUAUUGUGAUGUGUACUUAUUGGUAAUUAUGUCAUACCGGUGAUUUGAAAUAUUGAGGUUAAGAAAUAUUAAAAUUUUAACGUGACAUACGAAUGACAACAUGGAAAAUCAAGCACAAACACCUCUUAAAAUCAAUAAUCCAGCUCCCACAGUUGAGCAAAUCAAUGCCGACCGUAUUACUCAGUUGGCAAAUAAAUAUUGGGCUCCUCACACUACGGAAACGCAUCAUCCCUUUAAUCGGCAAAUCGUUGAAGAUAUUUACAUCCAAGAAAUAUGUGCUUCCAAGUUCUCUAUCCGACGUAUUAUGAUGUUGGAAUUCAGUCAGUACCUGGAAAAUUAUCUUUGGCCAAAUUAUGAAACAGAGACUGCAACUCGUGCCCAUACAAUGUCUAUAGUUGUCAUGGUCAAUGAAAAGUUUCGUGAACGCGUACAAGUUUGGGAAGCGUUUGAGAAAAAUCCAACUCACUUCCCUGGAUUUUUUCAACGCGUGUUGGAAGCUUCUCUAGAAGAGAGCAUCUUGGAUUUUGACUUGAAGGAACAGACAGCAUUGAUUGUCUUCUUGAAUCACUGUUUCAAUUCGAUGGAAGUAGCCCUUGUUAGAGAGGAAGUUAAAAGACUAGUCUCUUUGUCUAUGUGGGUCUCUCUGCAGCAAGGACGUAGAGAACUUGAGUUCAGAAAGUAUCCUAAAUGGAGAAAGUAUUGGAAGGUUAUAAGAAAAAAAGAUAAUCCUGAGCACAAGGAAAAAUUAGAAUGGGAACGAAGAUUUCUUCAGCGGCUCAUGGUCAAGUUUAUGACUAUUCUGGAAACGAUACCUGCUGAAGGUAAUAUAUUCCCAGACAAAGUGCGUUACUGCGAAAGGUUCCUGGAACUGGUCAUCGAUCUAGAGGCUCUGCUACCAACCCGACGAUUCUUCAAUACUGUAAUGGAUGAUUGCCACUUGGUUGUACGUUGUCAACUAUCCAAUUUGCUUCAUAGGCCAGAAGGAGGACUGUUUGGUCAACUUCUAGAGAUGCUCAAAUUUUACGCACGUUUUGAGAUCAGUGAAGAGACAGGUGAUCCACUUACGGAUCACGACAUGACUCAGCUUCACUACACGAAGAUCACGUCCCUUCAGAAAGCUGUGUUCGCCAAGUUUCCUGACCUACGUGGAUUCGCUUUGGCCAACGUCGCAAGCGUCGACACCAGGGAGGCACUCUUUAAGCACUUUGGAUCGCUCGGGCAGGAGAGAUUGAGAUCAAUAGCCAGCUAUCUGAACCUGGUGCCACCGGAAGAACGUGAGAAGGAUGAAAAUUGGUAUAGACUGGAUUUGGAUUUUCUUCGGGAGUUAUUGAUUUCAAGGCACGAGCGACGAGCUUCUCAGUUGGAGGAACUUAAUGAAAUGCCACUUUAUCCUACUGAAGAAGUUAUAUGGAAUGAGAGCAUAGUACCCACCGAGUAUUUUUCCGGCGAGGGAUGUUUGGCCUUACCGAAGUUGAAUUUGCAAUUUCUUACUCUUCAUGACUAUCUACUAAGAAACUUUAAUCUCUUUCGAUUGGAAUCUACGUAUGAAAUUCGGCAGGAUAUAGAGGAUGCUGUUAGUCGUUUGAGUCCUUGGAGGGCCGAAGAUAGUGGCGUUUAUUUCGGUGGCUGGGCGAGGAUGGCUCAGCCAAUAACGCAAUUCGCAGUGGUCGAGGUAGCUAAGCCAAACAUUGGCGAAAAGCGUCCAUCUAGAGUGCGUGCUGACGUCACAAUAAAUCUGAGUGUCCGGCGUGAAAUAAAAUCUGAAUGGGAAAAUUUAAGGAAGCAUGACGUUUGUUUCUUGAUCACAGUCAACCCUGAAAGUCCCAUAGGCACUAAGUACAGUCACAAGCUACCCUUUGUACCACAAGUUGGUCUUACGACUGUCAGAGGAUGUGAAAUUGAGGGCAUGCUGGACUCGAAUGGUCGCGUAAUUGAAGACGGGCCUGAGCCGAGACCAAUUUUGCCUGGUGAUUCAAGAACUUACAGAGUCUGGCUUGACUCAAAUCAGUAUCGUAUUGACAUGGACAACGCUAGUCACGGUAGUGAGGAUGUUUAUGAAGGAUUCAAUGUGAUCAUGAGAAGAAAACCAAAAGAAAAUAAUUUUAAAGCAGUUCUCGAGACAAUCAGAGAACUCAUGAACACAGAAUGCGUCGUACCUGACUGGUUGCAUAAUAUUAUAUUGGGUUAUGGGGAUCCUGGCGCUGCAAGAUACUUUAGGAUGCCGGAUGAAAUUCCAACCAUGGACUUUAACGACACGUUUUUGGAUAUCGAUCACUUAAAAUCCAGCUUUCCAGGAUACGAGAUUAAAGUUUCAACUGAUGAUUCAGAGAAACUUGUGCGACCUUUCAGGUUGACCUUUGAAGAUGUCAUUAAUAAACAUAAUGAUGAGCCUGUAAAGAAAGUCAUAAGAGUAGAACCUCACGUGCCUCCAAGUAGGGGACCUUACAAAGCAAAUGAACCUAAAAAAAAUCAAAUUCCAUUCACGCCUACGCAAGUUGAAGCCAUUCGCGCUGGUAUGCAACCCGGCUUGACUCUAGUAGUUGGUCCUCCGGGAACUGGUAAAACUGAUGUGGCAGUUCAAAUAAUUUCAAAUCUGUAUCACAAUUUUCCAAAUCAAAGGACACUCAUUGUCACUCAUUCGAAUCAGGCUCUUAAUCAACUCUUCGAAAAGAUCAUGGCUUUGGACAUUGAUGAGAGACAUUUAUUGCGUCUUGGUCACGGAGAAGAGGCUCUAGAGACCGAGAAGGAUUUCAGUAGAUACGGUAGAGUCAACUACGUCCUGGCUAAACGUUUGGAUUUACUUAUGGAAGUCCAGAGAUUACAGGAGUCAUUAAACGUCAAGGGUGACGUAGCUUAUACUUGCGAAACGGCUGGACACUUUUUCAUGUAUCAGGUUAUGACACGUUGGGACAGAUUUGAAGCCAGAAUAAAACAACGUCUUGCUGGAAAAAAUCCACCCAGUGAAUCACUUAUCUCGGAUGAAUUUCCAUUUCAUAAAUUCUUCGACAACGCACCACAGCCACUCUUCAAGCAGAAGUGUAUUAAGGAUGACCUAGAAGUGGCUCGCAGCUGCUUUCGAUACAUAGAAAGAAUAUUCACUCAGUUAGAGGAAUUCCGUGCGUUUGAAUUGCUUAGGUCGGGUCUAGAUAGAUCAAAGUAUUUAUUGGUAAAGGAAGCAAAGGUUAUCGCAAUGACCUGUACGCACGCAGCGCUCAAGAGACGAGAACUCGUAGAUAUGGGAUUCAAAUAUGAUAAUAUACUCAUGGAAGAGUCCGCGCAGAUCCUUGAAAUUGAGACUUUCAUACCACUUCUAUUGCAAAAUCCUCAGGAUGGAUAUAAUCGGUUAAAGCGAUGGAUCAUGAUUGGUGACCAUCAUCAGUUACCACCGGUUAUAAAGAAUAUGGCCUUUCAGAAAUACUCGAAUAUGGAGCAAUCUCUUUUUGCUAGAUUCGUUAGAUUAGGAGUGCCUACGGUGGAUCUGGAUGGUCAGGGUCGUGCCAGACCGAGCAUCUGCAAUCUUUAUAAUUGGCGAUACAAGAAGCUUGGUAAUUUAUUGCACGUGGAACGUAGUCCCGAGUAUCUCGUUGCUAAUGCUGGAUUUCUUUAUGACUUUCAACUUAUUAAUGUCGAGGAUUUUAAUGGAGUUGGAGAGAGCGAGCCUAGCGCUUACUUCUAUCAGAAUCUGGCAGAGGCUGAGUACUGUGUUGCCGUUUUUAUGUAUAUGAGGCUUCUUGGAUAUGCAGCGGACAAAAUUAGUAUUCUUACCACAUAUAAUGGUCAGAAGCAUCUUAUACGAGAUGUCAUUAAUAUUAGAUGUGCUAAUAAUCCAUUAAUUGGUCGACCAAAUAAAGUGACGACUGUUGACAAGUAUCAAGGUCAACAGAAUGAUUAUAUCUUGUUGUCCCUGGUAAAAACCCGCGCCGUCGGACACUUGAGGGACGCCCGGCGUCUUGUGGUCGCAAUGUCUCGUGCACGUUUAGGUCUCUAUGUAUUCGCACGUGUCUCCCUGUUUAAAAAUUGCUUUGAGUUGACUCCAGCAUUCGAUCAGUUAAUGAGGCGUCCUUUAAAGCUGCAACUUCUACCCCAGGAAGUGUACCCUACGGACAGACCCUACGAUGCAGCACCUUCUAGUCCUCCCAUGGAAAUUGAAGAUAUGCCUCAUAUGGCUAAGUUCGUCUACGAUUAUUAUAUGGAUAAAGUAAAUGGAAUGAAGGUACAGCUACAUGAGAAUCAGAAAGAAUGGCAAGAGCCAGGAACCAUGCAGACACCUGUGAGUCCAACGGACAGAACACAUCCUGCCCAUCCUGGAGCCGAUGACGACACAGAUGACGAGGAUAUGGAACAACCGGAAAUCGAACCUGCGAAGACCGAGGAAAAGCCUAAAGGAACGGCGUUGGAACCUAUAAAGAAUCUACUGGAGGAUUCGAUGGAAGAUGGACAAUAGUAUCUAUCUUAAUGAAUGAGAUGAGUGAAGACUAAUUCUACGGAGCGUGAUAAAAAAUUGUGUAUACGUUGGAUCAUUCGAUAAAACCUAUAUCGUUGAUCAAUGUUCGUAAUAAAACUUUUUCACUUAUUAUAAUA